AUGCUCCUCUGUUUGUGUGCUUUGGUACAUUCACAGCUGAUACAGUUAGCGCAAAGUACUGUAAGAUGCUUUUGCGACAAACAAAACUGUGAAGAUUCGCUGAUUUGUACAGGCGAGUUGUGUUUGAUUGGAUUCCGCAGUGAAGAUAGUCAGGCACAUAUGGAACAGCUAUGUAGCAAUGCAGGUGAUGCAAGAGAUCUGGCAAAAUGUCAGCACAACUGGAACGGAUGGCAGGAGGUUUGUGCUUGCGAAGAAGAUUUUUGCAAUACAUUUGCAUACUUACACGGUUCUAUUGAAGAAAGCACUGAUAAUGUGGCUGAUUCACAACCAUUAAAUCUGGUUGAGAAAGAAUCAUCGAUAGGUUCGGUAGGAAGACAUCGUGGAAGUAAUUUAAUUAUUCUGUUAGUAAUUAUCCCACUGUCAGUUGGCGCUCUGGCUGUGUGCCUUAUUUUUAUCAAUUACCACUGCAAGAUGUGUUGA